CCCUUUCUCCCAGUCCAACACGUAGACUGCAACUGGAGAAAUGAGUUUUUUCUUUUCUGCUGCCGCAUUGCUGCAGGCUUGCAAGAGAAGGUGCUGGCUGAUAUGUUUCAUGUCAGUGUGUCCACAGUCUCCCGUGUUAUUAUAACGUGGGCCAACUAUGUACCUUUACCUGCUCCUUGGCUCUCUUCCCAUCUGGAUGAGUAAACAGCAAGUCAGGAACACCAUGCCAAGUAAAUUUGUGCAGUACAGUCCAGAUGUUCGGGUAAUCAUUGACUGCACUGAGGUGCGAUGUCAGAAUCCAUCAUCCCUCACUCUCCAGUCAGAGGUUUUCUCAUCGUACAAAAACACGACAACCUUGAAGGGCUUAAUUGGGAUUGCCCCAUGUAGUGCUGUGACUUUUGUUUCAAGUCUCUUCACUGGCUCCAUCUCUGACCGAGAGCUGACUGAACGAAGUGGACUACUCGACUUAAUGGAGCCAGGAGACGGCUGCAUGGCAGACAAGGGCUUCACCAUCGAGAAGCUGCUAGCUGACCGUGGGGCAACGCUGAUUAUGCCACCCUUCAAGAUGACAGCACAGUUCACCAAAGAGGAUGCUCUAAAAACACAAGCAAUUGCCCGACUUCGAAUCCUUGUAGAACGAGCAAUACGCAGGGUCAAGGAAUACCGAAUCUGGGAACACACUCUCCCUCUUACCUUGUCUGGGACAGUCAACCAGCUGUGGACGGAGGACACUGGUAGGACAGGGGUGAACCUCGCGGCACAGGUCCACACCUGGAGUCGACCAUGGAGAGUUGAGACAAGCCAUGCAGCACUGAGGAUAUUAGUGGUUGGGGCCUGA